AUGAUAGCAGUGAAAAAAAAUAUUAGUAACGGUUCGUUGACAAACAUCGUUGAUAAGGAAAUGGAAAACUAUACGAUUUUACCAGACGCGAUUAGUACAAUUUCGCAAAGGUUAACCGAAAAAUAUGAGAAUACAUUGGAAAAAAUGAGGGCAAUAACGGCACCUGUCCAGAACACUACCGUCAUUUCUCCAACAAGAGUAUGUGAAAAAAUUAGUGAAAAUAAACUGUAUCAAAAAUUGGAGAAAGUCGGUGGACGUAAUCAACAGUUUAUGGCUAAUUCGCCAGAAGAAGCUGGACGAAACUUUGCGGACCUUAUACCGCACCAUGACGAACUGUACGCACUAAACAGUAACAUCUCUUUUGACGGAAUUUUAGACGAACAGCCAGAAGACGAUUGCGAUUCUUCAUGUACAGAAAUAACGCAGAGGUUGAGGGACUGGAUAAAAGAUGAAGAGAGCGACUAUUACGCCGAUUACGAAAAGAAAUUUUAUGACCAUGGUCCAGCAGAAGUGCAGGAAGGAAAACCUGGAUCUUUCAAAGUCUCGUGCAGCCUCGAGCAGUUUAUACCAGUGACUAAUUGUACGCCAAGAGGUGAAGAAGAAAUAUGGGGGCACGGAAAGUUGUGUACAGCAUGUCAUGGCGUUUACACAUUAAGUAAAGACUGUUUUCCUCGGUUUGUAAAUUCAGUUACCUGCGGUAGUGACGAUGAUCGUUGUAUCUUUGAUAAAAUGCCUAAAGCUCAUGGUAAAUGCCAGUUACGUACAUUGAGUUUCAAGGUGCUCAGAAAUCAGGGAACUCCUAAGUGUGAGCAGUGGAUGUAUGAAUACAUAGAUGUACCCAUUGCCUGUGAAUGUUAUUUAGAUAAAAGUUCACCUUCGCUUUCAGCAACUCCGUCUCAAACGGGUAAUAGUUUUUUCUGA